AUGGACGCCAACACUCCCUGUGUCUCUUUCAUCGGGAUAGUGGACUUCACAGAGCAAGCAAAAUGGGUGUACUGUUCAGAAUCAGUCAAUGAUCUUCUGGGUUUUGAGCCACACGAGCUCAUCGGAACGCCCUCUCUGAAUUUGGUCCAUCCAGACGAGUUUGAUCAAGUAAAGGCUAUGCACUACUCCACGAUCACCCAAGACAGGGCAGCCGUCCUGGCAUACCUUCGUAUGCGCCACAAGGAUCCCUACAAGGGAUACAUUCUCUGUGCAAUUUCCCGUACCGUCUGCCAGAAUGUCCUCGUCGGAAGCGUCUCGUUCGCUUCUCCAGGUCCGAAGGCCAUGCAUAACGCUUCAACAGCGCAAGAGGUCCGCAUUAUUACGCCGUAUGCCAGGGACUUCGAACUCAGGCGUUGGAACGACCCGAACCCGAUGCCGCCCUGCCCGAUCCCAGAUCGCUUGAAGAACACGCCAUCCCCAGCGUUUUCUGCAUCUGCUCUGAGUAGGCGCAGCUCGCCGAGCCCUAGCCCGGAGGCUGAGGCGCCUCCUCACUUCGAUCCGCUUCCAGAGCAGUCACCCCGCACGGCCCUUAUCCUCGACCGUUUCUCGGUCAACUGCAAUGUCUUAUACUGCUCUAAUGACAGCCUGAUUUCUACUACGCGGGUGAUGGGAAGAAGUUUCUACGACUUCGUCAUGUCAAAGGACGAGGUCACGGUUAGGGCAUGGAUAGACGUUAUCAAGGGGUGGGGCGUGAAUGAACGUGGCCAGCCAAGCGACGGCGGGUUUGGUUUCGGAAAGUUCACGCUAUGUGUUGGAGGCCGGGAUUCAAGCGUCCGACAAACGGAACCUGCGCCCGCCCGAAACCGCCACGGCUCGCACAACGUGAGCCGUGACUCCGGAAGCCGUGAUUACGGCCGCUCGCACAGGUCGACCCACAGCACGACGCAGGGCCGUGGACGAGACCGCAAGGGGUCGGAUAACCGCGACCUCAAGGUCGACGCCAUAUUCUCCGCUCAUUCUGACGGCCUCAUGGUCAUCAUUCGCAAGAAUGCCACCCGCUAG